AUGACGAAUAACAUUGCGGAGUCACUGAAUUCAGUCCUAAGGCGACAAAAAAGUUUUCCUAUAACCUCGUUGAUCAAAAAUAUUACAUCAUUGAUGCAACGAUGGUUCUACGAGAGAAAAAGUGCAUCCACGAAAUGUAGUACGACUGUGACACCAAAAAUUGAUGAUGAAUUGAGAAAAUCAUUCGACACCGGUGAAACUUUACCAGUAACACAUGUUCAUGUCGAGAGUUUCAGAUGCGACAAAUCCCAUGUUCACAUGCAUCCCAAGCUGCUUGCGCAAAAAAAAUCAAUGUAUGAUUUGUGCUCCCCUUACUACACCACAAAAUAUUGGCGAGCUGCGUACAACGAAGUUCUUCACCCCGUUGGCCGAGAGUCAGAUUGGGUUGUUCCUCAGUCUAUUCGUUCCAUCGAAAUUUUGCCCCCGAAUAUACGUAGAGCACCAGGUCGACCUCCUACCCAACGUCAACGGUCAAGAACUGAAAGGUCGACGUUGAGACGAAAAUGCGGCCAAUGUGGGGAUUCUGGACAUAACAGGCAAACGUGUCAGAAUUCGACAUCUUUAAGUGAUACGUAUACUUGA